UCACCCUCGUCCUCGUCCUCAACGUUAGCCAUCGUCCACCUCCCUCUCCCACUCUCAACAACCAGCGGCAUACCUGCAGCGGGCAAGAGUACACGGAACAGACUAGGCUGCUCAUCUCCUUUCUGCUCUAACCAUCGCCCAACAUGUUCCGCAACUCUUACGACUCGGACAACACCACCUUUUCGCCUCAGGGCAAGCUCCAUCAGGUCGAGUACGCCCUCGAGGCCGUCAAGCAGGGCUCGGCAGCCAUCGGCCUGCGCUCCAAGACGCACGCCGUGCUGCUCACCCUCAAGCGUUCCACUGGCGAGCUUGCCACGUACCAGAAGAAGCUCAUCCGCGUUGACGACCACGUCGGUAUUGCCAUUGCCGGCCUCACCAGCGAUGCGCGUGUUCUGAGCAACUCGAUGCGCCGCGAGGCCAUGCAGAGCCGUAUCCUGUACGGCCGUCCCAUCCCCGUCGCCCGUCUCGUGCAGACCAUCGCCGACAAGGCGCAGAACAACACGCAGGUGUACGGACGGCGACCAUAUGGUGUCGGCUUCCUCGUCAUCGGCAGCGACGAGACUGGCCCCCACCUCUUCGAGUUCUCCCCCGCAGGCACCGCUUUCGAGUACUACGCCCACUCGAUCGGCGCACGCAGCCAGAGCGCCAAGACGUACCUCGAGAAGAACUUUGACAAGUUUGAGAACGCCGACCUCCCUACACUGAUCAACCACGGUCUCUCUGCGCUCGCCGACACGCUGCAGCAGGACAAGCACCUGACGGCGCUCAACACUGCCAUCUCGAUCAUUGGUCCCGCGUCCGAGGAGAUUGAGAACGUUACUGGUGUUGGCUCGUCGGGCGCCACGCGCCACGGCUACUUCCGCGUUAGGGAGAACGACGAGGUUGACCUCCUGCUCCGCGCCUGGCGCAGGAGCCGCGGCGAGCCCGAGGACGGCCCAGCAGAGGAGACGGCCGCGCCUGAGGGCGCCGCUGCCGCCGAGGGUGCGGCUGCGCCUGCUGCCGCUGAGCCUGCCGCUGCGGGAGAGGACGUCGAGAUGCAGUAGAGAAGUAUAGGCAUGUAUAGCAUGGGUAGUAGA